GAGAACCUCCGACAGCAGUUGCGUCAUCACACAGCACGGAUAUGAGAUGUUGUGUCUGAUUGUUGGCAACGAUAAUGAUAGCUAAGUUAUUGAAAAUGAAGUCUAGUAAAUACAAUUUUGUAUUUCAGUGUGCGAGAUACUGACCGCAUAAUUUUGUCGAGGACGUGCUAAAGAAAGGAGAGACAUUUGAGAGGCCAAGACUCAGGGACCACGUCAUUGACAGUGAUCUUACACGGGUGUGCAGUCCACGGUCCUUCCCGGUGACCACUUCUCUGUCGCCAGUCCUGCAGGGGGAGGUGGGACUUCGGUCUGAGAUCGCGGGAGGGCGUGGCGGGUGCCGAGCCGGAGACACGGGGAGCAGGAUAGGGAAGCAGAGCGGAGCCGGCGCCGAGGGGUUGGCGGAGAAGAUGGCGGGCAGCCCCGAGAAGAGUGCCUCCGCGCAGGAGCUGAAGGAGCAGGGGAACCGCCUCUUCCUCAGCCGCAAGUACCAGGACGCCUCCGUCUGCUACAGCAAGGCCAUCAACCGGAACCCGUCAGUGUCGGUGUACUACACGAACAGGGCCCUGUGCUACGUCAAGCUGCAGCAGUACGGCAAGGCCCUGGCGGACUGCAAGCACGCCCUGGAGCUGGACGGCCAGUCGGUCAAGGCCCACUUCUUUCUGGGCCAGUGCCACCUGGAGAUGGAGAACUACGACGAGGCCAUCGGCAACCUGCAGAGAGCCCAUAACCUGGCGAAGGAGCAGCGGCUGAACUUCGGGGACGACAUCCCCAGCGCCCUGAGGAUAGCCAAGAAGAAGCGAUGGAACAACAUCGAGGAGAAACGCAUUAACCAGGAGAACGAGCUGCACGCCUAUCUCACCAAACUCAUCCUGGCCGAGAAGGAGAGGGAGCUGGACAACUGGCGGGAAAAGCAGGAGGACGAGUCAGAGGACAACAGAAGCAGGAAAGAGUUAGCCAAGAUCCAGUCUAAACACGAUAAAUACCUCUCUGACAUGGAGGAGUUAUUCUCCCAGGUGGAUGAGAAGAGGAAGAAGCGGGAGAUUCCCGACUACCUGUGCGGGAAGAUCAGCUUCGAGCUGAUGAGAGAGCCCUGCAUCACCCCCAGCGGCAUCACCUACGACCGCAAAGACAUCGAGGAGCACCUGCAGCGGGUUGGACAUUUUGACCCCGUGACCCGGAGCCCUUUGACCCAAGACCAGCUGAUCCCCAACCUGGCCAUGAAGGAGGUGAUAGACUCGUUUAUCCUGGAGAACGGCUGGGUGGAGGACUACUGAAACCCCCUGAGCUUCUCUAAAAGGAAAAAGAAGAAGAGGGGGAAAAAAAAGAAAAGAAGAGAAAAAGCCUGGCGGGAGGCGGACCCUUAAACGAAAGCAGAAGCGAACAAACAAAGCAAAACGAGUGCACCCUCCCGGGUGAGCAUGUCAGCCAGGAGACGGACUGCCAAAAACCUGAACUACAACCAUCUCCUGCCAUUCUCUAUCUCUCCCUCCCUCCCUCCCUCCCUCCCUCUAUUCUUCUCUGGCCUGCACACUGCCCACCUCUUCCCUCGUAUCCUCACGGUUGCCUCUAAUAAAAAGCUUUCCCUCUGCAGCGGUGCUGCCGCCUUCAGCACCGUCCUCCAUUUUAGUUUGAUGGUUUUGCUUUGAUUGUACGCGAGUGUGUUUGUGUUUGGGACUGCAUGGUUAUGUUUGGAGAUUGGGUCGUACUGUCGAAUUGAAGCAGCAAGUACUGGAUGUUGUGCUGGAUUUGCACUGUGGGGUGAGAUGAGGGCACUGCUGUUGCCCCAGAGUUGAGUGUGGGCUCCUCUUCUGUUUGAAACUUGUCACAUUGCAAUGCUUGUUUAGUCUGCAGAUUGUCAGUCUUUCCUUAAUGGCGUUGCAUUAUAAAAAACAGCAGAGCUCAGUGGGUCAGGCCCGGGUGGGAAACUACAGGAGCCGGUUCACACUAUAGCACAAUUCCCCACUCAUCCAGAGAGUGUAGAAGGGUGGUCUAACCAUCUCCUGUCCUACACUGCCUGCUCAUCCAGAGAGUGUAGAAGGGUGGUCUAACCAUAUCUCCUGUCCUACAAGAAUGUGGAGGAAAUGUCUGAUGGAACUGUACUGGAGGUAUGGGUUCCAAGCAUUCAGAAUCCUGGGUCCAGUCUAAAGUGGUCUGUAGACUCCUCCUGGUUUUAUUGACCAUGAACAUUUAAGCACACCUAAUCAGACCUGGGUCAAACACAAUUCAAAUACUUUUCUGUGCUCAAUUAAUCUUGCCUGGUGUAAUUGAGCCAACCGAGGGGACCAGAAGGAGGGGUUUGCACUUUUUCAUAAAAUACACCAUACAAGCUCAUUAAAGCUUAGGAAAGUAUUUGUAAGUUCGUAUUUGACCCAGGUCUGCGUCUAAUGUCAUGGAGGAAAAGUUGCGUGUAUAGAAAUGUGGGUGUACUUUUGCUCAAUGUGAGGAAAAGAUGAUUUAUAAGCGUCUUGCACAUUUUGAUCAGUUUCAAAACCUUUUUUUUUUUUUUUUAAAUCAAAAACAAAAACAUGCUGGGAUUGCAGUUUGUGGUGCCUCCUUUGUGUCCUUGUGUUUUAGCAGUUGUCCCUUGUUUUCAUAUUGACAUCUCAAGGCUGUUGAGUAAUCAUUUUAGCUGUGGACCAUUGGUUUUAAAAUUCUUCUUUUGUUUGACUCAACCAGUUUUAGGUGUGUGUCUGUAGCCGUCAGUAUGUCUCUGAGCAGUGGUGUGUCUCUAGGGGUCAGUAUGUCUGUGAGCAGUGGUGUGUCUCUAGGGGUCAGUAUGUCUGUGAGCAGUGGUGUGUGCCUAGAGGUCAUUGUGUCUGAGCAGUGGCGUGUGUCUGUAGCUGUCAGUAUGUCUGUGAGCAGUGGCGUGUGUCUGUAGCUGUCAGUAUGUCUGUGAGCAGUGGUGUGUGUAUUUAGGGGUCAGUAUGUCUGUGAGCAGUGAUGUGUGUCUUUAGCGGUCAGUAUGUCUGAGCAGUGGCGUGUGUCUGUAGGGGUCAGUGUGUCUGUGCUGCCUGUAGAAAUGACCAGAGCAGGAGAUCUUUACCACACUGGUCUACACUUUAACGUAAUCCAUAACCAAUCGGAUCGACACCACUUUGAUGGCUGCGGCUAAGGAUUUCAGUUCUGGACUAAAACCUCCUAGUAGUAGUAUUGAAGUAUGCCCUUUAUCAUCUCUGUUGAACUUCUGACUGAAUCUGAUUUCAAAAGUUCUGUAAAGGCUUGGCUCCUGCUGCACUGUGAAAACGAGAAGCGUGUGGCGAGGAAAUGACAUGCAGCCUGAUUCUCUUGUCCCCUAUCCCUGUGAGAUGUGCUGUGCUGUUUCAGGUGAAUGCAGAAGGGACAUUGUUUGUUUUUUUUUUUUGUUUUUUGGCUUCAUGUAUAGUUCACACUGAUUGUAGAAGGGCUAUUGCAUUAGGAAAGGUAAAAUUAUAAACUACAUUCUUCCAUUUAAUUUAGUUCAGCAUCUAGUGACAGAAGGUGACAAUGCAUUUAAGUGACCCUCAAAUAACUUGAUAAUUCAUUGAAAUGUUUUGCUUGUUGGGUUUGGGUGUGAAUGAUUUGGAUGGGUGAAUUUAUUUAGAACCACAUUGGUCAUUUUUGCUACUGUGAUUUGCCAACUUUUGUGGUUUGGCACACAGGACACUCGUUUGUGAGCUCUGAUCAUUGGUGUUGUGCGGUACUGGUUGGUUUUUCCACAUUUGUGUGUUUGCUAAUAGUUUAUUUUGUGUGUGUGUUUUAAGGCUUCGGAAAUUUUCUUAAUUCUACCAUCACCAUUCUCUCACAGGCUGCACCCUGUGCCCAGGUCUUGAGUGCCCAGGUCUGACCCCAGUAUAGUGACUCAUGUCCAGAUGAAAGGUAGCUCUGUGGUGCUCUUGUUUUGUGUUGAAAUAUUUCAUUCUGCUGCUGCCCCGGACAAGUGAGUUGUCUGAAACACUGUCAUGGACUCCGUGGCGGUCAUCGUGCUGUUGUUCUCCGUCACGCCUCCCACCCCCGCCCUGAUGUGCUGCUCUCCACUGCAGAAUGUAGGCUAGUGUGCCGUUAGUCACUGAGUGUGCUUCCCUUCUCAACAAUCUGUUAUCGGCUCCAGCGAUGACUCGCAGGAAUAACCAGGGACGGCUACCGUUUGCCCUUGAAAUCCUUGCUGUCUCUAUGAAACACUGUUACUCGACAAAGGGAAACCCGGAGCAUUACAUUACAUUGCAUUAAUGGCAUUUGGCAGACGUACAGUUGAUUAGACUAAGCAGGAGACAAUCCUCCCCUGGAGCAAUGCAGGGUUAAGGGCCUUGCUGAAGGGCCCAACGGCUGUGCGGAUUGUGGCUACACCGGGGAUCGAACCACCGACCUUGCGGGUCCUGCAGAUCACUGAUGCUUAAACGGAGCUGAAAGGCCCGUCCACAACAAGAACUAUAACUAACAAUAACGAUGUGAGCAUCCACACUGAUGAACGAUUAUGUUCUGCGAAUAGUGGCAUCAAGUGUGACACCCUCUAAAUUUGGAUUGAAGGAAAAUACCAACGAUAUAAUUUGUCACUGGUUGUCGUUACAGUGCCGUUGACUCCACUUGAGUUGGAAUGAUCUUUACAUUGUUAUUAUAGCUGUCAUUAUUUGUCAUCAUUCUUGAUGUGGAUGGGUGUUACUUCUUCAAUCAAUUGGUACGUCCUUGAAAACGCUCCAGGAUCUACUCUUUCCCUUUUCAUGUUGUUACUCCCGUCAUUGAAACUGUUCUCAUGCGUCUUCAGUUCUCAAUGGAGCGAUUGACUGCGGCCUUCAGUACUUAAGGAUCGAGGUGCCCAUUUGGGGAUACAAGAGACACAUCACUUCAGAUGUGACUACAUUUGCUUCUAAAUGCAAUUCUGGAAAUUUUUGAGAAUACGUAGAAUUGAUUGCCACGUAAUAAUGGGUGCAUAGACAAUCAAUUCCCCAAUUUUCUAUCCACUCAACAGGCUUUCUUUAUUGCAGAAUUGAUCUUAAUGGGAUUCUUGACACAUCACAUCAGUGCUGAAUGUAUAAUAUCCUUUACAUUUAGAGUGGCAGUCAAAUUUGCAGUCUUCCCAAGACUGGGUAGAUUCGUUGAGCAAACACUGAUCUCUGGCUUUCAGUUACUCCACUCAACACUGAUGUCUUGAUUCAGUUACUCCACUAAACACUGAUCUCUGGCUCUGUUACUCCACUCAACACUGAUCUCUUGAUUCAGUUACUCCACUCAACACUGAUCUCUUGAUUCAGUUACUUCACUCAACACUGAUCUUUGGCAGAGCAAGUGAGGUAGAUUUCCCAGGUUCUUGUGUUAAUUUAAUGAGCAGCAGUGUUUGUGGCUCACCUUCGUCCCAUGGGUUAAAUUAGCUAACUGGAAUAACAUUUCAGUCACAUCAACAGUUGUCAGUCUCAGCACAGGUGUCCCAGCUAGCGCGUAGCAUUACUGUAUGUUCACUGCCGUAAAGCUGGUAGUUUGCGAUGAAAAAACAAAAAACAAAAAAAAAACAUUACUGCAGCACUCCUAUUCACCACAACACAAGCUGCAGGAAGGUUAAGUUCCAGUAGUGGUCAAAUUUUUUUAAGCUCCUUCUGACUGUAGGAGUUUUAAUGUUCACAUUUAUUUGAUACCGAUUUGUACAUUUAUACUAAUAAAUGUAUCUAUGAUAUUUAACCGUUUAUGGUAGAAUAUUGCUGACAAUUAUUGCAACAAAUUUAACUUCAUCCUCUUUGACAACCAGUAAGUCUAUCAACGCACACCCCCAAGUAUCCUCCGAUAUCCAGUCUCUAAAUCGGCAGUGAAAUUGUUUUCAGUGAUGAAAUGCAAGCCGUCUGAAAUGUGUUCAUCCAGGAAGCGUACGUUUUGGGGUUCGUCAGAUGGCUGAGUUCAGUUCCCUUCACUACUGUUCUGGAAUCUAGUAUUAAAUGUAGUGACCCAAUAAAGACAACUCAUGAUGAACAAGAA